UCAGUGUUGUUCCUCCACCAUGAGUUCUGCAUAUGUACCACACCUGUACAUGUAUAUAUAUCGGCCUAUGGCCUCAUGGGAAUACAAGUUGCUUAUUCCUAACAGACGCGACCAGAGGAUGUGUUCGUUCCAGACAGAUGCGAUGGUGCUAACCGCCUGGCAGUUACAAGGGGAGAUUUACCCCAAGGUUAACACAAUUAAUUAACUCUAACACUCCCCCUAAUCUACACUUGUUCAUAUAGCAUCAUCAUCUUGAAGAGUCUCCUCCAAAAACCUUAUGGGAAAAAAACGUGAGGAGUAUAGUGUUUGAUAUGUUGCUAAAACUCCUUCAAACCCGGUGGGAAAAUAAGGAGAAAAUGAUGCAACAUAUAAUGGUUAUUGUCUCUUUUAACUCAAUAUGAGAAACUCAUAGAAUUUAGAGGACAAUAAAUAUGUCUUAUAUACUUUCCUAAAAACCCCGGUGGGGAAAACAGAAAGUACGACAUAUGAUCUUGUGUUGAUAUUACCUCACUAAAAACCUUUAUGAGAACCUAUAAAGUAAACUCAUUAAGGGAAAAAGAGUAUAAUAUGAUGCUUUUAACAGGAACAAUUCAGGAAGAUACUCCCCCUGAUUCUUGCAUAUUCCGAAGUCGUCAUAUACCAAUUCUAUGAACAUAUUUUUGGAACAUAGAAGUUGGUAGACCUGGUGAACAAAUCGGUCGCAUGAUUUGACUUGCAAGAUAUGCAAGAUAGUGAUAUUGCUCAUUAUGCAAUCUGUUUGCAUCCGGGCAACACAAGAAACAUUAUCGUUGAGAUAAUGCUUGGUGGAUGUAGCCAUGAGGUCUGUUUCGAAGACUCUUCAUGAGAAGACUACCACACCUAGUAGGAACACUAAGCUUGUUUACAAUCUGAUAUAGUGGGGAUCUGAUCAAUGUAUCCAAUGAUAUCGGUGUUCACAUUUCCGUGAAACUGAAAAACCAGGACAAGAUGUUUGAUGCCUUGGAGAUAUCGAAAGAUAUUCUUGAGUACCGAUCAAUUGUGUUGGGUGGAUCCAAUGGCAUUAUGGAACUUUGAGUCCCAAUAUCUCAUUUCCAUCAUCUCUUGGUCUAAAUAGAUCUUACCGACGAUAAUAAUAAGUCAUAUGGUGACUUAUUGAUUUUACACAAUGUAUGUUGCAUUUUGUACUUCGAUUCAGAAUUGAGGUUCCGCCGGGAACCAUCUAUAUCUGAAUCUAGUGAUCUACAUGGAUAUGUGAUCACUACAUCUAUCAACUGCAGAGAUAGAUGAUUUUGAAGUGCCAAUGAUAUAAGUUAUCAGAAUGAGAUUCCACCUCUGAAGAAUAGUUGGGUAUCUGCGUGAACCCUUGUGCUACAAUACUUGCUCUUUGUUUCACCACCUCGUUGUUCUCAAUUCUGUUUCCAGAAGAAAACUGGUGUAGGUAUUGCUUAUGAAUACCUUCUAUUAUUGAGCAAGAUUAUUUCUACCUAGAUUAUACCCUUUGCUUGAGUUCAGUCUGAGUGUUGUUCACACUUUGCCAUGACCAUGGUCUUUGGAUCUGAAUCACUUGAAAGGUUUUUUCAAUCUAGUUGAGAAAUGAAUGUCGACAAUUGUAGACUUCCAGUUAUAUGUUUCUCCAGAAUCUAUAUAUCAAUAUAUAGUUGAUGGAAAUAUCAUUACCCAUAGUGACUGCUCGCGAUUUCCUAAUGCGAUUGAGUCGGGUAUUCCGAUGUCCCGGUCAUUUUGUGCACUAUGACCUGGGUUGGUGGAGGUUUCCCGUCCACUGGGUGUAUACUACCCAUCAGGUGUCUGUCAACGUGAAGUUGACUUGCAUUUACUGAUUCACAGGCCUUGAUAUCCUUACUUACGAGAAGCUGAAUCCUGAUGUACUAUUGCCGUACUUCUCCCCCUGUUGCUUUGAACGGGGAGUUGAGUGGUUUUAGUUGGUACCUUCACUCUUUCCGACAUAUUUUUCAGGAUUGUAGGAUUGUAUGACACCCUUAUAGUCAGUAAAUGAAUCUGGCAGGUUAUUUGCAAUGUGUUGCAAAUCUUCUGAACACAUGGUUCAGAUCUUUGAGUACGUGGAUUUGAGGCAGAAAUGUGUUGAACAUUUCACUAAUUUCCUGGCAUUCUUUAUGGUACUUGAAAUCUCCCCCUAAUGCCUGGAAAUGUUCCUCAUUGAAUUAGCAUACUGGCCUUGAAUAACUCCCCAUGCGAGGGGCUUGAGGUAUUGACGAAAAUACAGUUAUUCCUCACAUAGAUCCCAACUAUAUGUUGAGGGGCCAAUGAUGUAUGCCGGGUGGUGAUAUCGGUAUGCAACCGAAUUACCGCAGAUAGGAAAUAUUUGGUAGAUAUCCACAUCAAAGAUAGAGGGGAAUAAUAUUAUGCAGUUUGGUCAUGAGCGUGUAAAACUACAUGACUCCAACGUAAAGUUGGUAAGUUGCAAUUCCAAAGUAAAGAUAAUGCAAUGAGCUUAAUUCUUUGGAUAUAGGAUUCUACCAAAUCAUUUUGAGUCUAGACAUUAGGACAAAUUGCUAAACUCAAUCCAAGGGCCAUAGAGAAGGCACUCAAGGAGAAUUCUGCAAUGUUAUCCAUUUGAUUUGCUUGAAAUCGAUGUCAGGAUAAUGAGCCAAUGGUUUCGUGUGAAUAAAGCACACACUUAAGACCAUCAUGUAGAUAUGUCUUUUAGAACCAUGGAAUACCUGAAUAGUCUAGUCAAUGGAUGGGAAGAGCCACUUAUCUCAACUUGAUGCAUUCAAGGAGUCUGAGUGGUUCAGCAUAGACUUUAAGGUGUGUGAGCCUUAAAAUUAGCUUCCCUGUGUCACUUGUAGUGCACAUAAAAUCCAAAUGGUGUUAGAAUUUAGCAUCAUAAUAAUCAUAAACUAUUGGAACUGCUAAUAGUUUCGGUUUCAACCCAAUGUCUCGAUGACCAAGGCGUAUGCCAACUUUUUCAUGUACAAGACAUUUUGGAAAACUAUCUUGGGCGCAACAUGUGCUACGGGUUUUGUAGUAUGUGUAGUACAAUUCAGAUGAUACAUAGAGAAUGUGCUUGCCAUAUCCGUUGUAUAUGGUAAAGAGAAUGUAUUUCUCUUUCUUGUCAGCAUAAGUUUCGCUAUGGAAACCAUUUUGACGAAUAUCUUUAUAGCUUAGUAGGGCACGAGUUAAACUCGGGAAGCAAUGAAGCAUCCCGACUUUACUCGAGUACCCACAGGGAUAGUAAACAUGACUCGAGUUGAGCCAACAAAUACCUCAUCGCGUCUAGCGAUUUUAAAAUAUCUCCUUUCUCUCAAUGAGAGUGGAAACAUUGGACUUCCCUGAGUAUAGAGUUUGUGGUGCAUAUGUCCACAAGGCACAUAUCAUUUUUCAUCGGAUUGACUCCCGUAGAAAUCCAUAUAUAGACAUGAAGAUUCUCAAGAAAAUCAUUGUCGGAUAUAUAGAAUACAUACAAAUGAAUUUGUAUCAAAGUGCUGAUACAAUAUAUUGUGAUAUACAAUAUAUGAUGACAACAAUACUUAUGUUCUUAUUAGAACAUCGUAAAUGGACAUAAAUUAUGAUGACCACUCAGGAGAUUGAGAGACUAGACGAAGUCUUCAAACAUGUUAGUUGAGUCAUAUUCAACCAUCAUAUUCUCCGUGCCCAUAGGGUCCUGUCACUGUUGGUGAUGUCGGGUUGAAGGUUGAAUGAGCUUCAAACCUUUGCCCUUGAGGUCUGUUGUGUCCUAGGAAUUGCUGAUACAGAAUAACCAGAUGCAGAGAUCUGAAUCGAUAUAAUGCCUUAUGAUGUAUAAGGCAAUAUUUUUUUGUUAGCGGUGUGAUUCCGGCCAGAGGUUAAUCAUGUGGUCUUGGAUUGCACACACUAUUCCACGAGGCACAAGAGUGAUAAUGAUGUCCAUGCACAGGUAGGGUAGUGGUGGCGAUUGAGGGCGAAUGCCUCAAAUUCUCUAGUCAUCGGUUAUCAGAGAUAAUUAAUUUACAAUUAGUAAAUUAAAGACCAUAAUGGUAAUGUUGCAAAAUUAAUGGAUAUUUCAAGAAGUUAUCUUGAAACCAUUAAUGUGAAUCUCAAAUUGCUAAGCAUGACACCUUGAAGAUAAUCUCCAAAAUGAAGUAGAUCUCGCUGCACUAGGGAGUAUAAUCUGAUGAAAUCAGUAAAUACUCACUCAUAAUGCCUUAUGUCAUGACUUAGGAAAAUAUGUGGGAGAUCAAUCAUAAUGUCGAAACGACAAAAUGUAGGCUUUAUCAGUAGUCAUCGAUAAUCUGCGUAGGCAGUAGAUCCAUAUGACUACCUUGUGAUCCCAAGCAUCAAUUUGAAAAAAUCACUUUAAAUUUUGCACUUGUAUUUGCAAGAAAUUGAAAAUCUCAAUUGCAAAUAGACGUAUUAAUCUCGACAUGUGUUUAACAUGGAAAUAUACACAUUAUAGAAAUAUCCCGGAAUACAUCAUACUCAACAGGGAAACAGUACUAUGGAGGUACUGAAUUUAUCUUUGCAAGAGAUUAAAAUCUCAAUUGCAAAUAGAUGUAACUCAUCUCAACACGUGACAAAUGUGGAAAUAUAACAGACUAAAAACAGGGAUAAAAUCACUGUUAAAAGUACAUGCCGUGCCAAUCAUCUCGGGUGCACCUGUUUUGCGAACCGCGGGUCCACCUCGUGAGGAAAACACGGAGAGGCGAUCGAGGCGAUUGCUGUCGAGAGCUAGGGUUAGGGUUUUCCCGCGGAGGUGGUGAGGCUUCCGGUGGUGCGUGAAGGGGCGGCGGCGUCCCCGAACGUGCGGAUCGGCGUGGAUCUGACUGCUGUGGACGUGCCAUGGCGGACAGGUUGAGGAACGGGGCGGCGGCGUCGCAGAGCGAGGCGACCGCUCCCAAGGCGGCGACUACGCCACGAGCGGCAACGGGCACGACGACAGCCCCCACGGGGGCGACAACGCCGCGAUCAGGCGUGCGUACGGCGGCGAUGGGCUCAGCGCAGAAGACGCCACUGGGCACACAAAGCAGAAACCCAUCGCAGUCGCCCGUAGAUGGCAAAGUCUCCGAGGAGGCGGCGGGGCUAACUGCGCGCUUGGGGGGACUUGUGCUAACGGAGAAGGAGGCUGCAGGGUUUGUCUUCAAGGAGCCGGAACAAGAACAAGCUAGGCCGGCGAAGUGGUCGGCCAUAGGGAAAGCGUUUACCCCAAGACUCAUGAAUCAGCGUGCUCUCGAGAUGGCGAUGCCAAGGGCCUGGGGCCUCCACACAGAAGCAAAGUUCAAGAUAAUUGGAAGGAACAUGUUCAUGGUGAAUUUUGGGAGCGAAGGUGACUGGAAACACACGUUAAAUAACGGACCUUGGCAGUUUGAUUUCAAUAUUGUGGUGCUUAAGGAUUAUGAUGGUGUUACUAGACCAUCUGAGAUGGUUUUUGAUAUAGUGGAGGUUUGGGCUAGGGUUGCUGAUUUGCCUUUGAAUAAGCGUUCGAAGGAGUUCGGUGAAGCGCUUGGGAAUUGGUUGGGUGGAGUGGUACGUGUGGAUGUUGAGAAAGAUGGAUUUGCAAAGGGCCCGAACCUGCGUUUCCGAGCAAAACUAUCAGUGCAUGAGCCGUUGGUCAGGGGGUUCUAUCUUAAAAAAGCUGAGGAGGACUUAGAACAAACUUGGUUUGACUUUACCUACGAAAAGAUCCCGCACUUUUGUUUCGAGUCUGGACGGCUGGUACACAAUGAGGGAGGCUGUGUCCCCCCGGUGGAGUCGGACCAACAGUGGGGCGAAUGGCUUCGGGCCUCGCCGGGCAGAUCGGGAUCGAGGAAGGAAGGAUCCUACAGAGGGCCAGCCAGCAAUGCUAGUAGCUAUGGGAGUGUUAGAUCAAGUGAAGGGGAUAUGGGCAGCAGGAAGAUGGGAUCUGUACGUGAUAUCCCAACAAAACGCAACCUUAACAGGGAGUUUGAUAGACUUGCUGAUUCUCGCACUGGCGGGAAUGAGCAUGGUGGUCAGGGUGAAGUGUCCAGCCCCAACAAACAGCGGCACGGGCCGGAGGUGGCGACGGGCAAGGACCUGCGGGAUGAGCUUGAGCAAAGGAGGGAGCAAAAUAUGCGCAAUGAUUUGAGGCACCGACAGAUGAACAAGCAGGCUGAGCUAAGGUCGCAGUACAAAGCAUAUGCGUCCAGAGAGCAUUAUGGGGGAGGCAGCUCCAGCCACACCAGAGAGAAGGAAAGGAGGAGGGGCUACUAUGUGAGGAAGCCGAGGCCGGAGCAUGAUGAACACAGGUCAGCAAGGAGCCCGAUUCAUGAUGACAAUGUGGAUAGGAAGCGAAGGCCGAAGCAACACUGGGUGGUAAAGGGGGAUUCGGUGAGGCAAGUUGGUAAUGAUACUUUCAUUCGCAACACAAGGCAAAAAACGUCUUCCGUGUUUGACCGUAUCUCUGAGCAGCAUGAUGCAUCGGCGGACCCUGCGAGGCAGGGCCGCUGGUCCCAAUGAACAUCUUGGCCUGGAACUGUCGAGGACUGGGGUUGGACUCGACAGUGGGCGAACUCCAAGACCUGAUUAGGUCCUAGAACCCAGCGGUGGUGUUCUUAAGCGAGACGAAGAAGAAGGCGAGGGCUAUGGAGAAGUUGAAGUGGAGUUUGGGUUUCCGAAGUGGUGUGGCGGUUGACUGUCAAGGUUUGAGUGGGGGUUUAGCGAUGUGGUGGAGGGAGCAUCUUCAAGUCACUGUUAGACCUUGGUGUCAAUAUUUUUUGGAUGCGGAAGUAGUUUGGGAAGGUAAAACCUGUAGGAUCACUGGAUUCUACGGUGAGCCCGAUGUUGAGCAUAGGAAGAAAUCGUGGGAUGCUCUCCGAUACCUGAGAAGACAAGAUGAGUUACCAUGGCUGUGUCUUGGUGAUUUUAAUGAGGCUUUACUACAAACUGAGCAACGAGGUGGUAACCCGAGGAGUUUCAUCCAAAUGGAAGACUUUCGUGACUGCUUGGCCGACUGCGGCCUAGCUGAUCUUGGCUUCUCCGGGUAUCCCUAUACGUGGGAUAACAGAAGACAAGGAAAUGAGAAUAUCCAAGUUAGACUGGACCGAGGUACAUGCAAUAAUGAGUUUAUGGCAAUGUUUCCGGAUACACAUGUCCAACAUAUAAUCACGGAGGAAUCGGAUCAUUGUGCGCAGGUGGCCAAGGUUCUGGAGACUGCUCCAGAGCGGGGUGAUCGAGGCCCCAGGCAGUUCAGGUACGAGGAGGCGUGGACAAGGCAUGAGCUGUACGAGCCAAUGGUCGCUGAAAAGUGGAGUGCAGCGGACACAGGAGGGGUGGGUAUUUCUGCUACGUGCAGCAGGCUGUCUACGCUUUCAAAAGGUAUGCAAGAGUGGGGAAGAGUAGUUUUUGGAUCGAUACGAAACCAAAUAAAGCAGCUGCAAGUUCAGUUAAAUGAUGCAAAGUUCAGAGCUCUACGGACAGGCUACCAAUCAGAAGUAAGAGAGAUAGAAGAACAGCUGCGAGAGGUAUAUGCGCGGGAAGAAGUGAUGCAACGACAGCGGUCGCGAGUGGACUGGCUAGCGGCGGGCGAUAUGAAUACGAAGUAUUUUCAGGGAAGAGCCUCGCAUAGGAAGCGGAAAAAUACAGUUCGAGCGCUGCUUCGAGAAGAUGGGUCAAAGUGCAUGGUGGAUGAGGAGAUGAGAGAGAUGGCAGCAAAGUUCUAUGAAGUGUUGUUUACAUCUGAGGGAUCGGUGGGUGCCCAAGCAUUACUCCAGAAUAUUCCUAGCAUUAUUUGAAUAUGAACCAGAGACUUGUGACACCGGUCACUGAUGAGGAGAUUGAGUAUGCGCUGUUCCAGAUGGGCCCAACAAAGGCUCCGGGCCCUGAUGGGCUGCCAGCCCUCUUUUAUCAGCGACACUGGUCGCUUGUAAAGGAAGACGUGUGCACAGUGGUCCGUGAUUUUCUUGCUGGAGUAGCAGCUCCGGAGGCUUUUAAUGCGACAAUGAUUGUUAUGAUCCCGAAAGUUAACUCACCGGAGUUGCUUUCGCAAUUUCGCCCAAUUAGUCUCUGUAAUGUUUUGUAUAAAAUUGCCUCUAAGGUGCUAGCUAACAGGUUAAAAGCUAUUCUGCCAAUACUUAUCUCGGAGGAACAAAGUGCUUUUGUCCCGGGCCGGCUGAGUGUGUGCAUGCCAUAAGAAAGAGGAAGAGGAAGAAACCACUUUGUGCAGUCAAGCUGGAUAUGAUGAAAGCCUACGAUAGAGUGGAAUGGGUGUUCCUUGAGCAAAUGCUCCUCAGGUUUGGGUUUGACAAUGCAUGGGUCUCCAUGAUCAUGAGGUGUGUAACGUCGGCAAAUUUUGUUGUCAAGCUAAAUGGUGGGCUGUCCAGAAUGUUUACCCCAUCCCGAGGAUUACGGCAAGGAGACCCUUUGUCCCCAUAUUUAUUUCUGUUUUGCGUGGAAGGCUUUUCUGUUUUAUUGAAAAAGGCCCAAGAGGAUAAUCUUAUAAAAGGUGUGUCUUUUGGGAGCACUGGCCCCCAAGUGACUCAUCUUUUGUUCGCUGAUGACAGUAUUAUCUUCCUUCAAGGAUGUGUUGACAACUUUCUAGCUCUGAAGGACAUCUUGGGCACAUAUGAACAAGCGUCAGGACAGAAGGUAAACUUACAUAAAUCCUCCAUUUUCUUUGGGAAGGGGUGUCAGCAGGAUCAAAAAGCUGCCCUCAAGGCAACGAUCGGGAUUGAGACAGAGGCUUUGAGUGAGAGGUAUUUGGGUCUCCCAACGGUGGUGGGGAGGGCUAAGGAUGGAUCUUUCCAAUAUGUGGUUGAAAGUUCAAAAAAGAAGGUUACGGGUUGGAAGGGGCAAGGCCUCUCGAAAAAAGCAAGGGAAGUUCUUGUGAAAUCUGGGCUUCAAGCUACUCCUGCAUUUACUAUGAGCUGUUUUCUCCUCACAAAGAAGAUGUGCCGGAACCUGACAUCUAUCUCGUCGAAAUUCUGGUGGGGGGCAGUGAAUGGUGAGCGCAAAGUGCAUUGGAUUGCCUUGGAUAAAAUGUGUGCUGCAAAGAAGGAAGGAGGCAUGGGGUUUAGGGACGCUGAGGCGUUUAACCAGGCGUUAUUGGCCAAGCAGGCGUGGAGGAUCUUGCGGGUUCCCUCCUCGCUCUGUGCGCGUGUCUUGAAGGCCAGAUACUUCAAAGAUGGCGACAUUAUGAAUGCAACAUGCCCUGAUGGUGGAUCAUACACGUUCAGAAGUAUUCUUCAUGGGAGAGAUCUUCUUAGAGCAGGUCUAGUGUGGCGAGUGGGAGAUGGCACCAAGAUUAACAUCCACCAUGAUCAGUGGAUACCGAGAAACGGCAGCUUAUCACCACUGGGUGCUGAGUAUGUCAUGGGUGUCACAAAGGUUUGCCACUUGCUAGAUCAUGGGGGUACGCGAUGGAACGUGCAGCUGCUGGAGAGGAUGUUCUCACAGGAGGACGCUGAAGACAUCAAGCAGAUUGUUGUUGGAGGACCGGGUGCGGAUGAUCACUUGGCUUGGAACUUCACUAAAGAUGGUUAUUUCAUGGUUCGCUCGGCAUAUCACCCGCGGGUAUCAAUGAACCGAGCGCGAACGGGAAGACAGGAGUCAUCGUCAUCUGUGAUCCAGCACAAGAGCUGGAUGGCGAUGUGGGACACUUCGGCCCCGGGGAAAGAGAAGAUCCACAUGUGGCGUCUGCUUCGCAAUGGCUUAGUCGUCGGGCAUGAACUGCAGAGGCGGAAGAUCAAGGCGGGAGUUUUUUGCACGGCAUGUGGUCGAGAAGAGACGAUCUAUCAUAGAUUUUGGGGUUGUCCCCAUUCGGUGCUUUACUGGAAAAAACUGCGUUCGGAGAAGGGAAUUGCGGUGGCGAUCCCACCGUGUCAGCUUGGUUCCCAGAAUGCAGUUGCAAGAUGGCUCCUGGAGUGGUUCCAGCAAGCAGGAGAGGAAGAAAGGUCGAUGAUGGUCCAAUCGGUCUAUGCGCUGUGGCUAGCUCGCAAUGAAGCCCGGGAUGGAAAACGGAUAGAAGAACCGCAUGAAAUAUUGGAGCGGGUGGUGCGGUUGACUGAAGAAUGGCGAAACGUCCAUGACAAACCCUCGACGGUCCGGGAGCCGGGUGCGAGAAGAAAAUGGGAGGCGCCGGAGGAGGGAUGGAUCAAAGCCAAUGCUGACGGAGUGUUCUCCAAGGACAGAGGAAAGGGAGGUGCGGGGGUAGUGCUCAGAGAUCAUAAUGGUGGCUUUCGGGCUGCCGCUUGCUCUUUCGUCGAUCGAGCCUCCAGUGCUGAGAUGGUGGAGGUGGCAGCCUGUAAGCGGGCUAUUCAGCUGGCUAGUGAGGCUAACGUGCAGAAUCUUCAUGUCGAGCUGGAUUGCCUGGGAGUUGUAGCGGCGAUCAACAAGUCUGAACAAGACCUCUCCAUCUUGGGGCCGAGUGUUGAAGAGAUUAAGCAGCUGCUUAACCAGUUUCUGCAGGUGAAGGUUACAUGGACGAAGCGAGAAGCGAAUGGUGCCGCGGAUAAAUUAGCCAAAAUAGGAUUAGGUGAUGAAGUUUGUAAUGUUUGGUGGUCUGGUCCACCGGAGUCUAUUAUCCAGGUUCUCUCUGAUGAGAUCCCUAGCUACGGUUAAUUAUUAAUAAAGCGGCAUUGAUCCUCAAAAAAAAAUCACUGUUAAAAGUUGUUGUUAGAACUAUUUUUCUGAAAAGAAAGAGUAAACUAGUAAAGCAAUUAAGCAAAUACUAGUACAGGAGUACUGAUGGCUCAACUAGUAAAGCAAUUAAGCAAAUACUAGUACGGGAGUCCUAAUGACUCAACCGCAUGCAGUUAAGCCACGUAGUACUACACGUAUGUGCGGCAGUCCACGGCCUGGUCAAUCGAUUACAGAUAAGGAGAGAGACAGGGAAAUAAAUUCCCAAUUACUCAAUCCCCAUCCUUACCAGACUAACAGGCAGAGACUUCCAUGGCCGGCCGGUGCCACCUCCAGCCACGCUGCCACGGCGUUCACCGGCGACGGGUGGAGGGACCAAGUGCUCCAUCGUCUUCCUCGGGAGAUGAACCACCAAUGAGGUCAUGGCUGGAAGCCACGCCGGUGGAGACGCCGUUUGCGGCACCGUUCGUGAGGCCGAGCGCCGCGGGGCUCCAUGUGCCGGAGCGGCCGCUCGACGGCGAGCUCGCCAACGGGACGCCAAGGGCCAUGAGAUGGCGGCGAGCGCCCGAGCGCGGCGAAGGCUGAGGAGUUGCCGGCGCCGGGGUCGGCAGGCGUGGCGCGAUGUGACGGUGUCGGUGUUGACGCCCGCGGCACUACUGGAGCAGCUCAGAAGGGGCUCGCAGGGUGAGAGCCUUGUCGUGCCUCCGCGUUGGAGGCCACGGUGGUGCCUCAACCAUGCUCCGCGCCGGGAGUCGCCUCCUCUGCCGGGGGUGUUGCGCCGGAGGGCGCUGCCUCCCUGCAGAGCUGAGGUCGUGCCAUGGCCACCACUUCGCGGGCUGCGCGCCUCUCUGUGAGCGGGCGCGGCCGUGGCCGUGGUCCCCUGCGCUCGUAGGGGCAAGGCCGAGGGCCAGGCGCGGGGUGUGCCGGGAGGAACGGCCGCACCUUUUGCUCGUUGCGCGUGCGUCGGAUGGCGCAGACGAGUGCGGAGCUUCAGCCAUCGGAUGCCGAUAGGCGCCUCGCCGAUGGGAGCCGAGGGCUCGACCACCGCAGUGCUUUGCGACGAGGCUGAACUCCACGCCGUGGGGAGCCGUGCAAGAGGGCUGUCGUCAGUCUCGCGGGCGGGCGCGCGCGAGGGCGGCCACGGUGAUGGACGGAGCGCGGGAGCGCGGCCACACGGGCGGGGCGCAGGUGGCCACGCGCGCGGCCUGGGGCUGCCGGCUGUAUGGCGCGGUUGCGUCGUACGCCAGUGCCAGGGGCCGAUGAUACGGCACCGUUGCUGAUGCUAAUGCUUUCUACAGAGUGGAAAAACACGGUGAAGAACCUUUUUUCUUCUCAUGUGGUGGCUUUUUGCAUCAGUCUGUUGAUUGAUCUUCUGGCCUUGAUGAUCUUUGAAUCAAUGGAUGCCAACGCCCACUUAUUCUGUUGUCGAUUCAGGAAUAGAGUCGACGGCGGCUGGGUUGACGCCCUGUUUCUUCUGAUUUUGGCCGAACACCUAUGAUUUUCUUUCUUC